AUGAAUGUGGUUAUACAAUGCUUUCAGCGAGGUUUCCAUAAUGAUAUUUUAGAGGAAUUUUUAAGAUACAACGCUCCUGUGUCAACACAUGGAGUUGUGGACCUCAAUGAUGUCUACAACGAAAAGCUGAAGCAGUUAAUUCAAGUGACGCUAUGUAUGAAAGAAGAGUACUUGAGCAAUUGCUCAGGCACAAAGGUAACUGCUCGAUUGUUUGAGUUGAGCAACGAGCAAGUGAAGCUUCUCAAUCGCUUAGCGGAUGGAGAAAGUGUGUGGAUUGCAGAACCAUUGUAUGUUGGCGCCAAACAGCUCUUCGACAUUAGCCGGAAGCUGGAUCAGAUGGCUGCUGAUCCAAUGGCUGCAAGCAACGAUAAACAGAUUAUCAAGGGAGAUCUAGAACAAGAGAAAUAUAUGGAGAAGUGUGUGAGAACUGUCCACACCAGUUUCAAGCUGUGUCUAAAUGAUAGAAACCCAAACACACAUGAGAAUAAGAAAUGGGGGGUUUACAUGUUCACAAAUUUGGAACUGCGAAUCUACAAGCUUUUGCACAAUCGGGACAUGGUGCGGAAUUUGGUUAAAGUGAUGGAAAGUCGCACGUCCGAACUACCAACCCCGGAACAAGCCCUGGGUACGAAGCACCGUGCGCAGCUUGUCACUUAUUAUUAUUACAUGGCCGAAUACUACGGGUGUCAUGAGGCCAACUUUGAUCGUGGGUUUGAGUUUGCUAGGAAAGCAUGGCUGGCGUCCAGAGCCGACGCCGGCACCCAAGAGAACAUGAUUUGUUUACUUUUGGUACCAUUUGCGAUACUGGCACGCAAAAGAUACCCCGAUCUCCAUAUUUUCAAAACCGAGUAUCCGGCUGUCGCGCAGAUUUACGCACCCGCAAUAGAAUGCCUUCGAAAUGGUGAUCUGUGGACGUUCGCCGAAUGGAUAGAGAGCCACGAGCCCCUGUUGCUCCGCCAAAACCUGUACGUGCCGAUAGCCAUGAUUCGGGAACUGGUUCUUCUGAAGCUUAUCAAGAUUGUCUGCAAACACAGUGGCUCAGGCUCCAUUGUGUCUCUACGCUACAUAGCGGCCGGCCUGGUCAAGAGUGAGACGAAGACGGGUGUCAAGACGGUUUCGGAAGAAAGAUUGGACAGCACCGAAUGCGUGCUUGCCAAUCUGAUCAGUAAAGGCUACAUCAAGGGUUACCUAUCGCAUUCCAACCGCGCCCUAGUGGUGAGCAAGACCAAUGCCUUCCCAAGGCUGACCACCACUGAUUGA